AUGGGCAGUCGGGAAGACGGGUUGCUGGGAAGACGGUUGCCUGUUAGGCUAGCUGCUGGCUACCCGGCGCGUCCGCAGGUGGCGGAUAGUGGGACGACCUUCAAUGAAGGUUAGUUGCGAAAUAAGCAGACCCAGGUCUGACAUUGCUACCAUGGUGCGGUGGGCUGAAGUCUGGCACGCUGAAAGCCUUAUUAAAUGCCGCAAAACCCAAUCAUGGCAUUGUGACAUGGCCACCGUAAACCGCCAUUAAAUAAGUUUACUUGCCACAGCUGCCUUGUGAUUAGGUUUUUAAGCCAAAGUGCUAGAGGAGACCACCUCGAGCAAACAAUCCGAGCGGCUGUUAGGGAUCCGCCCGUAUUCGAAAUUAGCAAGAAAACUCAUGAAACAUGUCCGAUCACAGUACUACGACCCAUGCUACGGCGUGCGCGGGAACGGACGCGCUUCGCAACCCCGGUCCAGUGGUGCGGGCGAAUAGUAUGCGAGCUGGACAACACAAUCGUGGACGGACUCUCGGUAUUGGAUGCUGGAAUGUACGAACGUUCCUGGACCCUGGUACCCAAAGUCUGACCGCACGCAGCCUUCAUCAGUACAACGUGGAUGUCUGCUGUCUGUCUGAGGUACGACUUCCUGACUCGGGCUCUCGUGAAAUAAAGAUCCCGGGAGUCGAAUCCCACUUCACCCUGUACCACAGCGGCCCCCGCGAUUCCUCUGGUUGACACGGUGUGACGGUCGCCCUAUCACAACAAGCGGACCUCGCGCUACUUGCUUGGGAACCAGUCAAUGACCGGUUGGCCUACGUGCGACUGAAGGGUCACUUCACGAGCAUCUCCAUUGUCGCUGUGCACGCACCAACUUCGGCUGCCGAACAGCGCGAUAAAGAGGCGUUUUACUCUCAGUUGCAAGCGCUAGUUGAAAGACUGCCUCGCCGCGAUCUGCUAAUUGUUGCUGGCGAUUGGAAUGGUCGAACUGUAUCUGGCGACCCCACAACCAGUCAUCUUCUUGACCGCUUUGGUCUUGGUUCCCGAUGUAAAAAUGGUAAGAAAUUGCUGAACUUCACAGAUUGAAACCGACUGCUUGUCACCAACACAUGUUUCCAGCAUCGCAAAAAACAUCUGCUGACCUGGUAUUCAAACGACGGUCGUACGGCCAGUCAGAUUGACUACAUACUAGUCAGCUCAAGGUUCCGCAGCUGGGUUCACGAUAGCAGAUCGAUGCGUGGUGCCGAGACUGGUAACACACAUGGGUCGGACCAUGUCCUCGUCCGUACACGCCUGAAAGUUCAUCUCUCAUCGGCGCCAAAAAUGCCACGUCCUAGACGCCUCGAUGUUGCAAAAAUCCGGCAAGCCAGCACUGCUGAGGCCCUAGGCAUAGAAAUCCGGACCUGUUUUACAACCAGAGCCGACGGAGAAGUCAGUAACCAGUGGUCGUCACUGAAGACAUCAGUCUAUGGGGCAGCUGAGAAAAUCCUAGGAUACACCCAACGACGCCGCAGUGACUGGAUCAGCGGAAGAACCCUGCAGUUUUCUGCUCAGACGACUAGAGCCAGGUCCCGCAACAAUGACUCCUUCUUCCAACUUCGGAAGAUGACGGCAAAAUAGGCCAGUGAUGACGGGAAGCAAUAUUGCGCUAAAAAGAGACAUUUAUUUAACAGGCCUCGAACGUUGGUGACACUCGAAAGCUGUGCCGUCUGAUCCGCCAAGUUAGCGGUAAGCCCUCUACACUGAGUGACUCUGUUCGCGAUGUGAACGGCGGCUUUAUUGCUGACAACUCGCCCAAAGUCAAGCGCUGGCGUGAGCACUUUGAUCACCAUCUCAACUUCGAUGCUCAAACUUCAUCGCCCUUGCUCUCCUCCUCAGCUAAAUUUCUUCCGUCUCCUACCUAUGCAUUGCCAUGCGAUCCCCCUUCCGAGGAAGAAGUCGCCGAUGACAUACGAAAGUUGCGCAACAAUAAGGCACCCGGAGAGGACGAUAUACCCGUCGAAAUCUUCAAGUCUUGUGUCGACACUCUGGCGCCCUGGCUCCAUGAGGUAAUUGAACGAGCGUAGAGAGACGAGGUGAUUCCUGAAGACUGGGGUUUAGACAUCCUUGUACCUAUCUUUAAGAAGGGAGAUAAGACGAAAUGCGAGAACUAACGCGGCAUAAGUCUCAUCGACGUUGCUGCGAAGAUUUUCGAUAUUGUCCUACUAAGAGGAUUCCAGGCUGUGCGUGACUCAAUGACGAGGCCCAACCAAGCCGGAUUUCGUGCUGGACGUGGAUGCGCAGAUCAGAUAUUCACACUGAGGCGCAUUCUCGAAUUUCGCCAUAGUUACCAACAACCAACGGCCGUCUGCUUCGUUGACUUCGCCACCGCGUUCGAUUCCGUUCACCGUGAGUCCCUAUGGCGGAUAAUGGCGCUGGAUGGUGUACCGACAAAAAUCAUCGCCAGGAUCUAGGCCUACUAUCGCUCCACUACUGCGAGAGUCCUGGUCCGUAACAAUCUUUCCCAACCGUUCGGUAUUUGGUCUGGCGUCCGACAGGGUUGUAUCCUGUCACCCAUAGUGUUCAGCUACGCAAUUGACUGUAUCCUCGGGAGGGCCCUACGCGAUAGUGACGGCAUUGAAUUUGUACCCGGACAUCAACUGACUGAUCUCGACUAUGCCGAUGAUAUCGCCUUACUUGCUUCAAGUUUUGGUUAUCUGCAGUCUAUGGUGUCACGGGUGAACGAGGUCGCUAAAUCCGUAGGUUUGUCCAUAAACGCUGGAAAGACCAAAGUAUUUUCAAACUACAUCCCUAACCAGGAGAAGGCACCCCUGGGGAUUGAUGGCUGUCAACUUGAAGAAGUAGACAGUUUUAAAUACCUCGGGGUGAGGCUGCUGCCUAAUGGACAGAGCAAGAAUGAUAUCGUCUCCCGAAUCGAUGCGGCCUGCUAGGUUUUUUCAAGCCUUAGGAAAUGCCUGUGGAACCGACGUGACCUCUCCAUCGCCACUAAGAUUCGCGUGUACCAUGCAUCUAUCCGGUCUGUCCUUCUCAGCGUUUGUGAAUGCUGGGCAUUGCGCGUGGAGGACGAGCGAAAACUAGAGGUAUUUGACCACUACUGCCUGAGGAUCAUCCUUCGAGUGAAGUUAACUGACUUCGUCUCAAAUGAGACAGUCCGCACUCGCUGCGACAACAUCGCGAGGAUAACUCAGGCCAUCCAAGAAAGACGACUAAGGUGGUUCGGGCAUGUUCUUCGUCGUCCACCUCAGGAGCUCAGUGUUACUGCCCUCGAUCCGGCACCGUUGCCCCAUUGGAGGCGUCGAAGAGGGGGUCAGUUCAAAACCUGGCUCGACACAAUUCGUCAAGACAUGGAUAUGGUUCUGGGACCUUCGGUGUUCGGCCUCCGUCGUUGGCGGAGAGAAUGGGUUGAACUGUCUAGAUCUGCUGCCGCGGCUCAUCACGCAUGGAGAGGUACAGUUCGGGACAUCAUCGAGGCCGGCUAG